AUGUCCUUCCAUCAGUCCGCAGAAGACAUCACCCUCGACGGCAGCACCCUCAGAGCCCGUCUCCGAAACGUCGACGGAGAGUGGGUCGAUGCCGAACUUAAUCUCGACGAGGUCCUCGGCAACAACAACGGUUUCUUUGAGUGGGGCGGCGGCGGCUUCUCCGGCUCCAGCGAGAACAUCUCCUUCUCCAUUGAGGGCGACGAUAGCGUUCCUGUUCUCCGUGCCACGUUGAAGAAUGCGGAUGGGGAGGAUGUCCAUGCGGAUGUUAACCUUGCCGAGAGGAUUCAUAAUAACAAUGGCGCUUUCUACUUCGAGUAA